AUGCGUUUAGUAAUUACUAAAGAUUAUGAUGAAAUGACUGAGUGGUCCGCUCGGUAUAUAAAAAAACGAAUAAUUGAUUUUAAACCAGGUCCUAAUCAUUACUUUGUACUUGGUUUACCAACAGGUAGUACACCAUUAGGUAUAUAUAAAAAAUUAGUUAAAUUUGUCAAAACUAAAGAAUUAUCAUUUAAAUAUGUUAUUACUUUUAAUAUGGAUGAAUAUGUUGGAUUACCACGAGAUCAUCCUGAAAGUUAUCAUUCAUAUAUGUGGAAUAAUUUUUUUAAACAUAUUGAUAUUGAACCAAAUAAUGUUCAUAUUCUUGAUGGAAAUGCUACGGACCUUGUUCAUGAAUGUAAUGAAUUUGAACGAGCUAUAAAAGAAUCUGGUGGUAUUGAAUUAUUUGUCGGUGGCAUUGGACCUGAUGGUCAUAUUGCUUUCAAUGAACCAGGAUCUAGUUUAGUGUCUCGUACUCGAGUAAAAACUUUAGCACAAGAUACAAUCAUAGCUAAUGCACGUUUCUUUGAUAAUGAUAUAACAAAAGUACCAACAUCAGCAUUAACUGUUGGUGUUGGAACAGUAAUGGAUGCACGAGAAGUAUUAAUAUUAAUAUCUGGUACAUCGAAAGCCUAUGCACUUCAUAUGGCUAUUGAAGAAGGUGUUAAUCAUAUGUGGACAGUAUCAGCAUUUCAAAAUCAUUCAAGAUUUUUAUGUGUUUGUGAUGAAGAUGCUACAAUGGAAUUAAAAGUAAAAACUGUUCGAUAUUUUAAAGGUCUAAUGUCUGUACAUUCACAAUUAAUUAACGGCAAUGAUCAUUCAUCAUUAUUACAUACUGAAAAUUAA